CUAUAGUUGUACAGUUCUUCUUCAUCCUAUUUUUUUUUUUUUUUAAGUUUUUGAAAUUUUAAGCUUGUUAGUCAUGUGGUUGGUUUUGAGUAGUUUCUUAGUAGUUGGAUGUGGAUCAAUUUUUCUAUUUUGUUUUAAACUCAUUUUUCUUCUAAUUUUUUUCCCCUAACCGUUUUUUCCUUUUCUCCUAUAAAUUUUUAUUUUAUUUAUCUUUACCAUGGUCGUCACUCGAUCUAAGUCUUCAUCCCUUGUUGUUAAGAAACCCCCCAAAACACUCGUAAAUCUAAGUUACCCCAAUCUUCAAUGUGAAAAAAAAAAUUGAAAGAUCAUCCUCCAAGUCCUACUUCCCUUGCUACUUCCAAACGUAAGUUAGAUCUUCAUUCUCCUUCUAAGAGGGUUUCUAAACGUCAUCGAUCUAUGGAGGAAGAGUCUGAUUCUGAUUUUGAACUUGACGAUGAGUUCAUUCAAUUAGUUAAAGUUGACUAGGUCAAUCGUUUAUUUUUGUGUUUUUUUAGGGUUUUUGUGUUUAAUUUUUAAUUUUUUAUAUUAUUGUGUUUUGAUUUUUUUCAAUUAUAAUUUAUAGUGUUUUAUAUUUAAUUUUUAUUUGUAUGUUUUGUUGUUUUGAGUGGAUUUAUACCUUCUAUAACAGUUGUAUUCUUUUCUUUUCCUUUUUUUCUUUUUUUUUCUGUAGGGGAAGGGAAAAUCCCCUAUUCUGAAUGUUCUUACGGAAUUUGGGUUGGAAGAGCCUUCUAAUGAUAUUGUUGUUGAGGUUUGUAGACUUUUUUUUAAUUAUUCUUUUUUUGUUUUCUAGUUAUUUUUGAGUUGGUUUAAAAAAAAAUUGCAUGUUUAUUUUCCCACGACUAGACAUGUAAAUAUAGGUGCUCACAACAUUAUCAUUCUAAAUUAAUAACUUCUAGUUAUUAUUCAUCCAUUAAUGAUAUUAAAACUAUUCCAACCCCAACCCAGUUGAAAAUCUUUUCUCAAACUAUUUUGGGUCACUUCCUUCGAAUUUCAGAAUAUAUUAUUCAUUUUCAAGUAUUGCAUGGUCUGUUAUUGAGGGAAGUUCAACAACCUAAUGAGAUGGAAUUCUAGGUAUCUGUUGCUAGGAAGUUUCUUAGAUUUAGUGUAGAGGAAUUUGCCUUACCCACAGGUCUAGAUUACCACAUUGAGUCGGAUAUAUUUCAGUUCAAACAUGAUAAGAAUAUGCUAGUUGAACAUUGUUUAAAGGGUAAUAAAAGAAAUUACCAGGAAUUCGAAUUAAGUUACCUUUACUGCUAACAACCUUAGGGAUAAUGUUGAUCUUGCAGUCAAGUUGGUUGUUUUGUAUUUUGUUCAGUGUUACUUUCUGGGAGGUCCUCUUCGAAAGGUUAUUUCUAUUAAAGAACUUGAUAUUAUGAAUAGUGGCCAUUAUAAUGAGUGGGUAGGGAACGGAGUGUUUUGAGAUGACUAUUGAAUCUCUUAAGGAUAAGAUUGAUGUCAAUAUUAUGACUGUUAGGAAGAAGGAUAAGGAUGGUAGGUUUUAUAGGUUGUUAGUUUUUCCUUAUGCAUUGCAGGUUUAGUUUUUUGAGUAUUAUCCAUACGUCAUUGGAAAACUUUCUUUGUAUUCAAACAUUGGCAUUUCUAGGCUUCUUAACUGGCCUAAAAUGCCAAAGCUAAAAGUAUUUCAGCUAAAAAUGGAUAAUGUGAAUAGCAUCAUCUUCAAUCAACCUUUAAAGGAGGUAUUUGUGUGUUGUUUUACUUUUGUUUUUUUUUUUUUGUUAUUUUAGUGUUGUUUUUUAAUUUAUUUUAUGAAUUGUAUUUUUAUUCACUUUUAUUCCUUUUUCCUUUGUUGGCUUUUUUUACAGUUUCAACUGAAAUAUUUUUCCAACUUCUGUUGAGAUAUUCAAUUUAAAUCUGACUGAUUAUUUUUCUGGUGACACGACUCCUUCCUUUAUUAAGGUUAAAGGUAAAGGUAAUCGUGAAUUCAGUUCUAAAUCUGUGCCCAAUGCUUCUAUAGAAGGUGAUCAAGUUGGUCCACCAUCGUCUAAGGCUCAUGAGCAUGUAACUCGUAUUGAGUAUGAGGAUUUAAAAAAAAUGUGUCUCUUGUUCUUAGCCAACAGCAAAUUAUUGUGUCUAAUUUUGUUGAUUUGAACAGAAAGAUGGAUACUCUUAUUGAGUCUUCGCGUGCUGCUUAUAACCAUCAUUCAAGCCAAACAGAGAAUGUGCUUCGCUCCUUAGAAAAUGAUGAUGAUGUUGUUGGUGAUGGUAAAAAUGAGGAUGAUGAAGAAAUUGAUUUCAGGGAAGACAAUGAGCCUGGAGAUGAUGAUUAUAAUGCCAAUGACAACUCUGGUGAUGGUGGUCCAAAUACUGAUGAGGAUGGUGGGGGUGGAGAUGAUUAUGGACAGUCUGUGUCCGUUGCUGAAAAGGUAAAAACUGAUGAGGUGCAUGUUGUUGUCGAUGGUGGUGCAAAGCUUAAUGAACAUGUAGUAGAUGCAUCUACUACACAAAAGUACACAAAAAUUUAUGAUAAAAUUGUGGUUGCUUCAGGAAUUCUUUGUGAUUUGAAAGAGGUUUGUUUUUUAGUUGUUUUCUUAUUGUUUUACUAUUUUUGUUGUCUCGCUUUGAAUUUUUUUAGUUGUUUGUUUUAUUUUACUUUUAUUUAAUUCUUUUUUGUUUUAUUAAGCAUGAUUUAUUUUCUAAUGAUGAUGAUGAUUUUAUUGAUGCUAGUGCUUCUAUGGCUUGUGGUGUUCAAGCUGCUGAGAAGAUGGUAUUUUAUUUGUCUAUUGUUGCUUUAAAGUUGUUUCUAUUAUGUUUUUUAAUUUAUCUCUUUUUAUUGUUUUGUUGUUUUUGACAUUAGUAUUUUACUUUAGAUGGACUCUUCCUCUAUUGCUGUUGUUGCUGGUCACUCUUCUGUUUCUUCUAGUUUUCAAGGUUUGGUGCAAAAUGAUAUCCGUGACAUUGUUGUUUGAGACACCAAUCUUAAUUCCUGGAAAGAGGGACAUGAAGAAAAGGACUAUCUUGAAGUGUCCAUUUAUUGAACUAGGUUCUUUUGAAGCUAAAUUGGAUUCAAUGUCUGAUUCUUCUGAUGAUUUUGAUUUCAAAAUUGUGAAAUAUGUUCAUAGAUAAAUUGAAGAGACAAUGUGAGACCAAAGAUAAAAUUAAAAUUAAAAGUAAUAAAUAAUAGUGAAAAUUUAAGAGAGCAAAGAAUAUAAAACAAAGUUCAUAUAAGAAGCCAUGUCAUCUUGCUUAACAAGAGGAAUAUAUUAAUAUGUAGAAAUAGAUGUUUACAAAAUAAAAGAAUUAAUUGCGACAAAACUCUUAAUACUUUCAUUUUUUUCGUACUUAACCUCCAA